CCGCCAUGGCAGAAAAAAGGAAACGGUCCGAGGCCGCCGAAGGCGUCAAGUCCAAAAAGGCCAAAGCAGCCAAAAAGCGGCCGGAGCCCAACCCGCUCCCAGAGGGAAUAGAAGUCGUAGACGACGCAGUCACGCAGCCCGAAGAACCAAGCAAAGAGUCGUCAAAGAAGAAGAGCUCGAAGAAGGACAAUAAGUCGCCCAAAAAGCCCAAGACCGCGGAUGAAACAAAGGCCGGAGCGGAAGCCGUCAACGGCGCAAACGGCGAGGCAGAACAAUCCGGGACGAAGAAGAAGACAAAGAAGUCGAAGAGCAAGAAGAGCGACAAGAGCGAACCGAACGGCGACGCCCCAGCCGAGGCCGAGGCCGAUUCCGAGUCGAAGCCGGAUACCACUGGAGAAGAAGACGGCGACGCCUCGUCAAAACCACUCUCCAAACGCGCCCUGAAGAAAGCCAGGAAAGAGAGCGCUGCUGCUGGCGGUGAAGCCGACGAGAACACCACCACCGCCACCGCCAACGGCAAAGCCCCGCGCCACAUCGUCUUCGUCGGCAACCUCCCCUUCACCGCCAACGACUCCACGAUCCGCCAGCACUUCGCCGCCUUCAAGCCUACCUCCGUCCGGUGCCUGACCAAGGACGGCGUGGAGGGUACGUGUCGCGGUUUCGCCUUUGUCGAGUUUGGCAACCCGGCCCACAUGAGCACAUGUCUCGACAAGAUGCACCAUACUUCUUUCAACGAUGGCGUGUCCCCGGCUAGGAAGAUCAAUGUUGAGCUGACUGCUGGCGGAGGUGGCAGCAAACCGGGCCGCAAGGAGAAGAUCAAGCAGCGGAACGAGAAACUGGCAGAGAACCGCACCAAGCGCAUUGAGAAGGAGAAGGACGGCAAGAAGGCAAAUGCCACAGGAGAGGAUCAGCAUACUGGCAUGCAUCCUAGUCGCCUUGCCAUGAUCUCAUGAUAAACGAGGGACAUUUCCCAAACUGGCAAGAAUUGAGUUGGCGUUCGAGGGAUCUAUUAUUGUAUUUUGUGACCGUCAUGCAGUAAAAGUUCUUGGAAUUCAGCUAGACAUGGGAUUUCGACCUUUCCCAUGGACCAUGAAUGGAUUUUUUUCCUUAUGUCUCAAGGUCAGAGAUACCCUUAAUGACACACAUUUGGAGAGACAAAACAUAAACCAAAUCAAGUUCCCGAAGACCUAACUAGAAAGACGAGAAUUUAAAACAAGGCC